AUGACCGCGUUUUUCUCUUCACCCUUUCCUGCCGCCGGCCGGGUCUACUCGUCUCAUCCAUCCCGUCUUGUAGCUGCAGGCCCUCAAAAUCCUCCAACCAAUCCCACCAGCUGCUCAUCUCGAAUCCACCCCGAAACCUUCCACCACCCGCACCGUCCACCCAGUUCGUGCGCGAUCAGCUGCUGCCCGGCGCUCAGGGAUCGGGAAAAGGAGGCUCUUUGGUGGUUCUUGCGGGUGAAUGUCGCGGCGAUUCGCUCAGAUUUGGUGAGGAUUCGGGUUCUUGCGGGGUCAAAGUGGGUUCUUCGGGCGAAUUUCUUCGCGGGAUCGGUGGAAAGGUGGGAUCCUGGCACUGAUUUGGCGGGUUUCGCGCUGCAGGAUUUAGGGUCGCCGGGAGAGAUGUCGGCGGCUGUGGCGUGCGCGGAGAGGGCGACUAACGACAUGCUGAUCGGCCCGGACUGGGCGGUCAACAUCGAGCUCUGCGACAUCAUCAACAUGGAUCCCGGACAAGCAAAGGAUACACUCAAGCUCCUAAAGAAACGUCUUGGAAGCAAGAAUUCAAAAGUGCAAAUUCUAACACUUUAUGUGCUAGAGACUCUAAGCAAAAAUUGUGGGGAUAUUGUUCAUCAACAGAUUGUUGAGCGCGACAUAUUGAGUGAAAUGGUUAAGAUAGUAAAGAAAAAGCCAGACUUAAACGUCCGAGAGAAGAUAUUGAGUUUGAUUGACACAUGGCAAGUGGCUUUUGGAGGUCCAUCCGGAAAAUAUCGACAGUAUCAUGCGGCUUACCAAGAACUCAGGGCUGCUGGUGUUGAUUUUCCACCUCGUGAGGAAAAUUCAGUCCCGUUGUUUACACCACCUCAAACUCAACCGUUAAGACAUCCACAUCUGUAUCCACCUCCAGGUCAAAGCUAUGACGAUGCUGCCAUACAAGCUUCUCUUCAAUCUGCUCCUCCUGCACCUGCCCUCAGUCUGAGCGAGAUUCAAAGUGCUCGAGGGAUUGUGGAUGUGUUAGAUGAAAUGUUAAAUGCUCUGGACCACCGGCAUCCUGAGGGUGUAAGGGAGGAGGUCAUUGUUGACCUUGUUGGCCAAUGCCGAUCAUAUCAAUCUCGUGUCAUGGAUCUUGUUAACAGUACUGGCGACGAGAGCCUUUUAUUUCAAGCUCUAGGACUAAAUGAUGAGUUACAGCGUGUUGUUCAGCGUCAUGAUGACAUAGCAAAGGGGAUCCCUCCUGGUACUGGAGCACCUGUACCUUCUUCUGGAAAUGUCAACCAAGGGACUACCCCACCUAGGUCCACUAGGGUUUCAUUUUCCCCACUUCUAAAUGUACACGAGGACGAUGAACCGGAAGACGAGUUCUCUGUGCUUUCCCGCAGGUCUGCAAGGGAUGGCGCAGUAGCACAGAAUAAUCUGCCUUCUGCUCCAAGAAAUGAAAGGCCGUACCCAAGCCCACUUCUCCCUCCACCACCAGCAUCUAAGAGGCCUGUUUACACUGAGGCAAGCAGUAUUGACUAUCUUAGUGGUGACUCAUACAAGUCAGAAAAGGUUUCAGAUGAUUUCAUCAACCCAACUGCUCCAGCUAACAUAUCUACAUCAUCUGAUUCAAAGCCAGAAGUGUAUCCACCACCAAGUUAUGGUAGCAGGCCAGACAGUGUGUCUGACGACUUUAUAAACCCAACUGCACCUAGCUUCUCUGCGCCUUCUCGUCCUACAAAUGAGGAGCCAACCCAUUCGUCUGUGAAGCGGCAGGAGAGUCUACCUGACGAUGACUUCAUUAACCCAACUGCUCUUCCUGGUUUUUCAUCGUCUUCGGCUACUAAGGAGUCUAGUGAAGAUCUUCCAAAGGCUCCAUGGGAAGCGCAGGAUGCUGCAGGUUCCCUGCCGCCACCUCCGACGAGAUAUGGCCAGAGACGGCAGUACUUUGAGCAAAACGUGUAUUCUGGUGGGAACAACGGAGGCGGCUACGAUGGACUUUUGACACAGACUGAAAGCCUCUCCCUGAACCCACGGAACAGUGAGAAUGACAAGAGUGCAUCACGGUCGACAGCAUCCCGCCAGGCUCAACCCGAGGACUCCCUUUUCAAGGACCUGGUCGACUUUGCAAAGACGAAGCCUUCAUCUCCGUCAAAACCACCCAACAGCCGCAGGACCCGCUGA